UUAGCAUGAAUCACCUGGCUGGCCAAUAGAGACUGGAAUGAUUCUCCACGUGUGACUUGGUUGCAUUAUUACAAAAUGUGGCAGGAUAGACCUGCCCAGCCGUCGUUGCCGAUGUUCAUUUGCAAUGCUGUCUUAAGGAGAUGAGGAGAUGAGAGCAAAUURUUCCAGCAGCUCAGCCUGCCCUGCCAACAGUUCGGAGGAGGAGCUGACUGUGGGACCGGAGGCACAGGGGAGCCUGGAACUUGUUUUCACAGUGGUGUCAGCUGUUAUGAUGGGUCUGCUCAUGUUCUCCUUGGGAUGCUCUGUGGAGAUCCGAAAGCUGUGGUGGCACAUCAGGAGACCAUGGGGCAUUGCUGUGGGACUGCUCUGCCAAUUUGGGCUCAUGCCUUUGACAGCCUAUCUCCUGGCCAUCAGCUUCUCUCUGAAGCCAGUCCACGCUAUUGCUGUUCUCAUCAUGGGGUGCUGUCCCGGGGGAACCAUCUCGAACAUUUUCACCUUCUGGGUUGAUGGAGAUAUGGAUCUCAGCAUCAGUAUGACAGCCUGUUCCACAGUGGCCGCCCUGGGAAUGAUGCCGCUCUGCCUUUACCUCUACACCUGGUCCUGGGAUCUUGCGCAGAACCUCACCAUUCCCUAUCAGAACAUAGGAAUUACCCUUGUGUGCCUGACCAUUCCUGUUGCCUUCGGUAUCUAUGUGAAUUAUAGGUGGCCAAAACAAUCAAAACUCAUUCUCAAGGUUGGGGCCGUGGUUGGUGGGGUCCUCCUUCUGGUGGUCACCGUUGCUGGUGUGGUGCUAGCGAAGGGAUCGUGGAAUUCAGACACCACCCUUCUGACCAUCAGUUUCAUCUUUCCUCUGAUUGGCCAUGUCGCAGGCUUUCUGCUGGCACUCCUUACCCAUCAGUCUUGGCAAAGGUGCAGGACAAUUUCCUUGGAAACCGGAGCUCAGAAUAUUCAGAUGUGCAUCACCAUGCUCCAGUUGUCUUUCACAGCCGAGCACUUGGUUCAGAUGUUUAACUUCCCGUUGGCCUAUGGACUCUUCCAACUGGUGGAUGGAGUUCUCGUUGUUGCAGCAUAUCAGAUAUACAAGAGGAGACUGAAGAACAGACCCAGAAAAAGGAACCCAGAUUGUGCAGAAGCCUGCCCUGACAAAAAAUGCAGAGAGGCCAGUGCUUUCUUGGAGGUGCAUGAAGAAGCUGCUGGAACCCCUGAGCCAUCAGGACCAAUGGAUCGCCACAGGGCUCUGGAGCCUAUUGGCCACAUCACUUCAUGUGAAUAGUGGGGACUUGCUGGCCAGAGUGGUCCUCUGUCUUCCUCAGUGAUGGGUAAAGACAGGGCCACGCCGAUGCAAUCUCCUUGGUUGGCAGGACCUGUGUGAAUAGUUAAGUGUCAGAUGUUAGAAUACUUAUAUUUUUGUGUGGAUUGUGCAAUGUCAUAGGAUCACUUUUUGAGAGUGUAUUCUGCCCAUUUCAGGGAGUUUUGGGGGGUUUACACUGUUUUUUU